UCGCUUCUCACUUAAAGCAGGAAUAUAAAUUUGUUCGCCGCGUGUAGGCGGACCUGUUGUUGAACCGCCAGGGAUCUUUGCGCACAGAUGUUUCGGGGAUGUCGGAAUGUAGCAUCACAAAAAUAAGACUACAAAAAGCGGGUUAGACCAGCAGACUCUCAGAUGAUCAAAAUACACAGUGGGAAGUACAGAUUCCUCGACCAGCCGUCCACCCGUGGAGGAAACAUGCUUGUUUUCCUGCUCUCCGCAUUUUUUAUGGUCUCCGCAGGUGAAGACAUCACUGUCACAGGCUUUGUGGAAAACAAUGUCCUUCUGCCCUGCGACUGCUCGGGAAGAAAUUUGGAGGCUUUUACAUGGCAGAAAGAUGAGAAAAUGCAUGUCACUCAAUACAAUAAUGGCAACUUAAACUUUGGUAACAACUACAUUAACAGAGUCAAAGCAUAUUUUCAUGGGGACAGCAGAAAUUGUUCUAUUCUCCUAACCAACAUCACACUGGAUGAUCAGGGACAAUAUAGGUGUGCUUUUUUUCGUAAACAAAGAUACACCUACUUCAUUGUGGAUCUGAAUGUUUGUGGGAGUGAUAUUUGUCAGUACACUCAGAGUACCCCAAGUGGUGGAAAGGUGUACCACUGUGAUGUGAGGCAACACUGCAGAGAACCUGAGAUAACGUGGAUACUGGAUGAGGAGACUCCUAUAGAUUCACCCACGAUUAACAUCUUUAACACAAGCAACCUGGAUAAACAGACCGGCCCCUACUAUUUUUACAGCACACUCAAGACUGAGCACAAACUCACCUCAGAGCCUCAAUGUAACGUCACGUGCCCAAAAACUGGUCAAGUUCCGUCAAUGCUCAACAAACAACCACACCAAGACCUAAACCCCUAUUUAAGGACGUUGUGUAAAGUCGUCCCCGUUGUACUGAUACUUGGAUUUUUACUGAUUUGGUGCCGCCGCCGUGGAACUUCUCACAGAUUACCCAGUGAGCAAGAUGUGGAAACAGUGACUUCUCUCAGAUGAAAACAAACUCAGACGAACUUUAAAGUGAAAAUGUACUUUCCACUGAACCUGAGGAGGUGAUUAAUUGCUGAUGUUGCAAUACUUGCAGUUUACAGCAUCCAGUUUUUGUCUUUUGUUCCCUCUCACGGAAUGUACUUGUGAAAAGAGCGUCUAUUUUGGAGGAUCAACUGGGAGGAGACUAUUCUCUACAUUCUGUUCAUCUAAUUUCCUUGCAGAUUAAAGCGUAACAACAAUUUUACAAAAGCACAAAAAAGUUACUGAAAGCAGGUGUAGAUCAGUACCUGAGCAAAAUCACAACAAUGCUCUAAAGUCUGUGAGAAUAGUCGAUUGCAUUAAAUCUGAGCUAUAUGUAGAUUCUAAGUGCCAUAUUUACAUUAUUAAUGUUUUAUAUUUACCAUAGCCAGUUUACUCAACAUAAUCUGACAUUGUUGCACCAAUCGGUUAUGGGUCUUAUUUACUCUAAAUGGAAUACUUGUGGCAAAAUACUUUAUUUUUUUUAUUCCAGUUUACCUAAAUAUGAACAUGUAAUGGAGACACAGAAGUAUAUAUAAUGCCUAUAUUUUAUUACUACACUGUGGUUUUACGGAAAGGCUUCUUCUCUUCUAUGAUGAUAUAUCAAAAUGUAACUUGUUGUUUUGUAAGUGUCUUUUUGGUACAUUGAUGACUGUGAAUUUUUUUUUUUUACAAGAUUUGUUUCACUUUUAUAAAUAAGUAGGUUUAGGUUAAUGUAUACAAUGUAUAGUUAAUAAACAUUCAGGAGGCAUGUAAGCAAUAAGUAAUGGGAGUUUAUGCUCCAUAACUGGAUAGCCAAAUAAGCGGUGAGUUUUUAAAAGAGAUUUUGAUCUGAAACGAUGUUGAUCUCUGCCAACUGUGAAACACAUCACAGGACUACAUGGUUCUGCAGUUCUGGUCCCAUAUUGUGAAUUAGCUCUGCAUCCUCGUGUCUGUGACUGCAGUCGGGACAGUAUGCCCAGUGGAGGAGAGCAAUAAAAUGUGAAUGUUUGGCCUUUUUCAGUGUCAACUAAGGGUUAAAAUGAAAAGUUAAAAAAAGCACAAAAGAAAAUCACAGUUUGUUCUUGUUUUUUUUACACUAUUGUUUUCUGUUUCUAUAUAUACUUUGUAUAGUUUUGUAUCCUGAUAUUGCUGUAAUGUAUGCUUUUUUUUUAUGUAAAUAGUUACAUGUUUGAUACACACAUACAGUAAAGUUAAAGCGUAGUUUUCA